UCCUGCGAGCAUUUGUGAAGCAGCUCCUGUCCCUUACUUCUCUUUGUGGGGAAACAGAGGGCACACUUUCUAGAGCAUAACUGGAGACAGAGACACAGAGUUCCAGGCAGGACGCCCAGGGUUCCAGCCUACAGCCAUUCCUGGCCCGGCCCUGCAGGGGACAGCUCCCCCAGAGCACCUUGGCCAAGAGGUCCACGAAAGGAGAAGAGAUGCUAAUCAACUGGACCGUCCCAGAAAGUGAGAUGAUAUGAAUGAUAUGAAUCCAACUGAUAAAUGCUGGAUCUGAACCCUAAGUGAGAGGUGUAAUGAGUGUGUUGGGUAAAGUAACCAUUUUCUCUUGAAAAGUUAGACUGAAGCAUCGAAGUAUCCAGGUUACAAGGAUAAAGGCUCAUCGAAAAAAACAAACAAGAGAAAGGACACUUCAGCUGAGGAUUUAUGCAUUUUCAAGUAUUCUUUUUUUUACAUCUUGAAUUGCCCCAUUUGUAUUCUCAAUUCACCACCCAGCGUUUAUCUUAUUUGUUCAGCUGUCUGUAAAGCAGUAUGAAAGACUCUAUUGAAAGCGCUUUCUGCGAGCCGGAUAAUAUUAAUGUCUGAAGCCUUGAAACUUUCGCAGACGUUCGCAGAAAAAAGAAACCUAUAACGAGAAUAAGAAAACAAUGCUGUGCUGGAUCCCGUAUGAGUAAGAGUCUCUGACUGGACUUUUAUGAUUGGAGAAGAUACAGGAGUGAAGAGAUGUAUUCCGGCUGUGGAGUUGGAGUGGCCAGCAUUCAAAGACAGUAUCAGGUCAGGGACUCUGUCAGACCAUACACCGGACCUGGAGGGAAUACACAAGCCCCAAUGGAAACCGGUGUGACCCCAGCUAGGUGCCCAGUAUAUCAGGUUCAGGCUCACAGUGGGCAGCCCUCCUGCACUGUCAACAGUGUUUCCAACACACAGCCCACCCCGGUGCCUACACCUCUACCUCCACCUCCCGCUGCACUCAAACCGGGCCAGGGUGGGUUCAAGAAGGUGUGUCGCACAGAGGAGGACUGCCCGUGCCCCUUCCCAGGAUUGGCCUCAGGAGUGCUGGAGAUGCGUGUCAAGGAGGGCAGUAAGAUCCGUAACCUCAUGGGUUUUGCCAUGGCUCGCAUGCAGGGGGAUGUCAGUGGUGUUGGGGUUAGUGGAGGCGGUGGCCUGAGGCAGGUUGUUUUCUCUGGGUCAGGUCGUGCCGUCACCAAGACCAUCACAUGCGCUGAGAUCAUGAAGAGAAAAGUGGGGUCUCUGCACCAGCUGACCAAGCUGCGCUACAAGGGUGUGAGGGAGGUGUGGGAGAGCCACGAAGGGGGUGCAUCGGAGAUGACUGUUCACAGGACCGUCCCCUCCAUCAGCAUCCUUUUGUCCAAAGACCCCCUGGACCCCCAGGAGCCCGGCUACCAGCCCCCUGAGACUCUCAGUGCUCUCUGGGAGGACAGAGACAGUGUGGAUGCCCCACAGAACGUCAGCAAGAGACCUCUUGGUCUGUCCCCAUACAGCAGUUUCCCUGAAUCUAAGAGAGUGUGUCUGGGUCUGGAUGACGGGACUCUGGCUCUGUCCACCCCCCUGGCUAACUGACUGACUGAACUGGUAUCAAACAGUUGAGUGGGAAGGAUCAUAGGAGUUCAUUCUGCACUGCCCUCCACUGAAGCACAGUGCUGAAACAAUCAGAACAUUCACUCAGACAGAACCGUGCUUUCUGAGGAGAACUGAGCGCCCUGCCCACCCCAUCCUCCAGAGGUCAGUCAAAAUAGGACCUGAAAGCUUGUCUCUGUAGAUACAGCAUUUAUUGAACCCAUUUCUCAGCACAAUCAAUCAUUCGCCUUUGUGCCCAGAGAUACUUAAUAUCAUCAUACUAUAUGUCACACUGUAAGAGCUUAGACAUGACAGCACACUUAUCACAUUUUAAAACAUCAACACAACACAGAGUGACCAAUCACCCAAGAUCCCAGAUUUGUGCAUUCAGUAGACUGACAAUACCUUUUGAACACUGUAGUUCUGUUUUCCUAAUUAUAUCCUACAACUGCAAAUCUGUUCAAAUGCAUAUUGUAAUGAAUACACAGAAUAUCUACACUCCCCUACGUAUUUAUUUGGACAGGGAAGCUAAAAUGUUUAAUUUUGCUCUAUAUGCCAGCAUUUUGGAUUUGAGAUCAAACGUUUCAUAUGAUGUGACAGUAGAGAAUGUCACCCUUUAUUUGAGGGUAUUUUCAUGCAUAUCUGUUUACCUGUUUAGAAAUUAAAGUACUUUAUGUAUCUAGUCCCCCAUUUGAAGGUGUCAUAAGUGUUUUAACAAAGGCACUUAUAGUGUUUAAAAUGUAGACUAUUAUUACACUAUGAGUGAAUUUGUCUAAAUACUUAUGGCACCUUCAAAUGGGGGGACGAUAUACAUAAAGCGCAUUCAUUUCUAAACUAUCCAUAAUAUGACAAAUGUAUCAUGUUUUCAAAUAUCCAAACAUUCAAAUAAACUAUAUGCAGGAAAAGCCUUUUUUUGUGUAUUUCUAUCCCUCAGACUUGCCUAUAGUACUGUACAAAGUCCUGAUUGAAAAGGAAAUCACAGCAUGCUGAUGUGUUGAUAAGAGUAACGGGAGUGAAAUUUGUCUAAGAGACAGCUGAUUUAAUGGCAUGGCCCCUGAUAAGAUGCAGCUCCAGAACCAAGCAGCCUGACAGAUGCUGGGGGCUGAAAUACAGGGAUAGAUUAUCGUUAAGAUUACAACACUACAUUGCAACACACUAGAGAAAAGGAUCAAAACUAAAGUUGAUAUAAAUUCACAUAGUCAGUGUCCCUCCAGAAUAUGAAACCAUAGCAGCAGACUCAACUCCAUACCAUAAUUACAGUGCUAGGGUUCAAGUAGAGCAGUGGUUCCCAAACUUUUUAGAGUUCCGUACCCCUUCAAACGUUCAACCUCCAGCUGUGUACCCCCUCUAGCACCAGGGUCAGCGCACUCUCAAAUGUUGUUUUUUGCCAUCAAUGUAAGCCUGCCACACACACACUAUACAAUACAUUUAUUAAACAUAAGAAUGAGUGUGAGUUUUUGUCACAACCCGGCUCAUGGGAAGUGACAAAGAGCUCUUAUAGGACCAGGGCACAAAUAAUAAUAAUCAAUAAUUUUGCUCUUUAUUUAGCCAUCUUACAUAUAAAACUUUAUUUGUUCAUCAAAAAAUGUGAAUACCACAUUAACCACAGGUUAAUGAGAAGUGUGUGCUUGAAAGGAUGCACAUAACUCUGCAAUGUUGGGUUGUAUUGGAGAGAGUCUCAGUCUUAAAUCAUUUUCCACACACAGUCUGUGCCUGUAUUUAGUUGUCAUGCUAGUGACGGCCAAGAAUCCACUCUCACAAAGGUACAUGGUUGCAAAGGGCAUCAGUGUCUUAACAGCGUGAUUUGCCAAGGCAGGAUAUUCUGAGCUCAGCCCAAUACAGAAAUCUGUCAGUGGCUUCUGAUUAAUUAAAAUUUUCACAGAACUGCUUGUUGCAAUUUCAAUGAGACUCUCUUGUUCAGAUAUCGAUAAGUGAACUGGAGGCAGGGCAUGAAAGGGAUAACGAAUCCAGUUGUUUCUGUCAUCUGUAUUGGGAAAGAGUCCCUGUAAUCCUAGAUUCAGAUAAUUCAGGCGAGAAAAAACAUAACCCAGAUAGGCCAGUCGUGUGAGAAACUCUUCAUCAUGCAAGUGGUCAGACAAGUGAAAAUGAUGGUCAGUAAAGAAAACUUUAAACUCGUCUCUCAAUUAAAAAAAAUGUGUCAAUACUUUGCUCCUUGAUAACCAGCGCACUUCUGUAUGUUGUAAAAGCACUGCGUAGUGCAGAAAAUACACGAGAGUUCAGGGGCCUUGCUUUAACAGUUAACCAUUUUCACUGUAGUGUCCAAAACGCCUUUUAAGCUGUCAGGCAUUCCUUUGGCAGCAAGAGCCUGGAUGCAUGUGGAUGCAUGUGGAUGCAUGUGGAUGCAUGUGGAUGCAGGUGGAUGCAGGUGGAUGCAUCGGUUUACCCAUGGAUCUGGAGCAACUGCUUGCACGCGUGUUACCACUCCACUAUGUCUCCCUGUCAUGGCUUUUGCGUCAUCGGUACAGAUACCAACACAUCUUGACCACCAAAGUCCAUUUGAUGUCACAAAGCUGUCCAGUACUUUAAAAAUAUCCUCUCCUGUUGUCCUGGUUUCCAGAAGAGGAUGUCUUCCUUAAUUGACCCCCCCAUAAACGUAACGGACAGGAUACCAGGAGCUGUGCCAGGCCCGACAUGACUGUUGGCUCAUCCAGCUGUAACGCAUAGAAUUCACUGUCUUGUAUGCGAAGCAGUAAUUGUUUCAAAACAUCUCCUGCCAUGUCACUGAUGCGUCGUGAAACAGUGUUGUUUGAUGAAGACAUUGUCUGUAUCGUUUAUUUUGGCCUUUGCCCCCAGCUUUGUCCCAGCCAUAUCCGCGGCAGCAGGAAGAAUGAAGUCCUCUACAAUUGUAUGGGGCUUUCCUGUCCUAGCCACUCGGUAGCUCACCAUUUAAGACUCUUCUAGCCCCUUCUUAUUAAUGGUAUCUGUUGCUUUUAUGCAUGUCUUACUACUCGAAAGUCGUCUUAAUUCUUGAUCAAAAAACUCCCGUGGCUUAUUUUUCAAAUUGGCAUUUUUUGUUUCUCAAUGUCUGUGCAAGAGUGAAGGUUUCAUCAAGUUGUGAUAUAGUACUUUUGCACAUAUAACACACUGUGGCUGAGGAAAGGUACUACUCCCAAUAUAAGUGAAUCCCAAAUCAAUGUAGUUCUCAUCAUGUUUGAGCCUCUUCGAUGGUCCAACGUCCCUGUCUGUUGUUCGGUGUUUUCCUGGGUAAGGGGGCAGUAGCUCUUUGGCUGCAUUAGAUUCACAACUGUCAGUGUCCAUGCAGGCUGGGCUAACAACAAAUUUAGAAUUACUGAUGCUAGCAUUGGAUGUGCUCGUGGAAGCAGAACAACUUGUGCCGUCGACAGAUGCAGUUGUAGAACUGCUGGUAGUAGCAGUGCUACCAGUAGAGCUGGUAUGUGGCUCUAUGGACAUGGUUAAAAAAGUAAGGUUUCUGCACUUUUUAUCCAUUUUAGAGCAAACGAAAUGAGUUACAUUUGGCUACAUACGGACCGUUAGUGGAAUUCCUGAGAGAGUAACGGUUAAUAUGAUUGGACUAGACUACCUGUAUUUGACAUUGUGCUGUUAUUUUGCUGAACACUAGAUGGUUUAAUUGUAUUUUUGGCAGUGAAACAAGGCUACUUGUGUGAGGAAAAACCUCACCCAAAUGUAUAGACCCAUGUAUAGACCAAAUGUAUAUAAAUGGACUGUUUUAAAAUGUAUAAAAAUGUUUUUGUUUUUUAAAAUAAAAUCAAUAAAUGAAUCACAUCUUG